AUGGAGGUGGUGUCUAAUGGGGGAAUAUGUGUUUUUUAUCUCUUCCCCGCAGCUUUGGACACCAACAAUGUGACGAUCAAGAAACAGGUGUUCGAACUCCUUUCCGCGCUGUGUGUCUACAAUGUGGACGGCUACAACAGAGCUCUAGACGCUCUCGAACACUACAAGGCCUUAAAAGGUGAAAGAUACAGGUUCAAGGUCGUCGUCGAGGAGUUGAAAGCCGCGUCCACAGCAGAGUACAACACAGCUCUCGUCGCCUUCAUCAACUGUAUCAUCAUCUCACAGUCUGUUAUCAGUUAG